GGUGUUCACAAGUUGUCGGUCUGUCUUGCUGUGCGGUUUACAGCGUCUGUUCGCGCACGUCGUAACAGAGAUCAGACAGCACACGCGCAUCGCGUUUCGCCGUGACGUGAGUCAUUGUUGUGUUGACAGCCGAAGCAGACGGGUCGCCGCGGGCUUCCUCGUGCGUCUCGGUUCCACGAUAGCAGUGCAUUGGUUAUUAAUCGCGGAGGCAGCGGAGAGUCGAACGUCGCACCGACGUGCCUGCUACACCGUGAUCACGUCGGUCAACGGCGAUCGGCAUACAUAGUGGCCAUCGGCGGCUGUGCGCGAUAUACCAAGUGUCGCGGAAAACGUGUCUGUGAAAUAAAAAGGCGGGUCGGAGCAAGGGCGGAAUAACAACGCGUGGAGUAAAAAGGGAGCCGAAUGGUGCGGAUAAAUUUUUGCGCCUAGCCGCGCAUGGUUAUGUAAUCGCUGCGGCGCGGAGCAAAGUGUGUUCGCGCGUUCGUGACGUAGACUGGGAAACAAAAAGAGAUAGAAAAAGAGAAAGAAGAGAGAAGAACGAGAGAGAGAGAGAGAGAGAGAGAAACGAAGGCAGAAAGAAGCUAGAGAGCUUGGUGAACGUCACGUUUGACACGCGGUCGGAGUAACGCGCGUGUACUGUGACGGAAUUGAUUACCUCGCGGAAACUUGAGAGGGAAUUUUCCGCGCUUCGGAUCCGAUAAGAGCGAGCCGCCCAAGGGACUCCUCCAACUUCCAGGAGAACCACUUUCUCGCAGUUGGAGUUGAAGAGGACGACGGGAGUCCGUUCGUCCACGAGGGUGGGCCCCUCGGUAAAUUCUAUCGAGCGACGGUCGAUCAGCCCGGCGGCAUCGAUGGUUCUAAGCCAAGCGACGACGAUGGAGCCGACGUUCUACGAGGACGCGAAUGUGUACGCGAUGAACGGUCGCGAGGGCAGCAUGGGCCAGCUCAAGCGCAACCUCACGCUUGACCUGAACGGUUGUCAGCGACAGGGCCCGCAGGCGAAGAGGCCGCGGCUGGGCCCGCUGCAGCCGGCGCUCAACAACGUUACGCCGAUCCUGAACUCGCCCGAUCUCAACAUGCUGAAGCUGGGCUCGCCGGAGCUGGAGAAGCUGAUCAUGGCGCAGCAGGACGGUCUGGUCAGCGGUCUGCCCACCCCGACCACUCAGAUCCUGUUCCCCAAGACGGUGACCGAGGCACAGGAGCUGUACGCGCGCGGCUUCGUCGACGCGCUCAACGAGCUCCAUCACUCCGACAGCUCGCAGGAACCCGGCAGUCUGCACGGCGCGACGUACACCACGCUGGAACCGCCCGGUAGCGUGCAGAGCACCGAGUCCGGCAUAAGCAAUCCGGCGUUGAUGCACGUGAAGGACGAGCCGCAGACGGUGCCGAGCGUGACGAGCACGCCGCCGAUGUCGCCGAUCGACAUGGAGAACCAGGAGAAGAUCAAGCUGGAGAGGAAGCGGCAGAGGAACCGCGUGGCCGCGUCCAAGUGCCGGCGGCGCAAGCUCGAGCGCAUCUCCAGGCUCGAGGACAAGGUCAAAGUGCUCAAGGGCGAGAACACCGAGUUAAGCGGCAUCGUGCACAAGCUCAAGGACCACGUAUGCCGGCUCAAGGAGCAGGUCAUGGACCACGUGCACUCCGGCUGUCAGAUGAUGUCAGUCGCCGGCCAGUUCUGAAACCCGCGUCCGUCCGACAUCGUUUUCCUCCGAAGACGAGGACGCUGAUGCGCCACUCGCUGAUCCCGCUUCGAGUUUUCCUCUCGCCCGCGAAUAAUCCGCAAGCGCGUACUCGUUAUCGACAUCUUGCCUCCUCGUCUUUGGGUUUUCCGGCGGAUCGAACGUCGAACCCGGUUGACCGUCGCUCGUGACACUUCGACCUUUCCCACCGUCGGUCGAUCAAUCAAGAGGAGGGAUCUGCGCCACGUGGACUGCUGCGGAGGCCGGCUCGCGUUUCGCGUGCGAGGAAACGUUCUCCCUUUCUGCCUCGAUCUCAACAGGUCCCAGAGUGGUUUCCUGCUUUUUUUCUACUAAUACCAAAGGAGAGACAGCUGAGCAGCCUCUACGAAAAAACAGACAAGUCCAGUCUGUUGACGCGUUAUCCACGGAACGGAAUUCGGGAUGAAGAGAUGUCUUCGGGCAACGGGAAAGUGUCUCCAGUCGCUCUCGAUCGUCCGUUCGGAGGGAUUGUUGUGUGCAAUGAAGAACACACAGGCGUCACGGAGUCCAUCCAUCCAGGCAUCUGCGGUAUUCAUCCCAUUGUUUUUUGGUGACACGUCUGAGCGGCAAAUAGCGGGCGGAACAGAGGGAAGAGGUGAUGGGCGAGGCGGAGGAGGAGGAGGAGGAGUGCCUUCGUACAGAUAUGAAAUGUAAAGGAUGCGUUGGGAGAACGGCAGGCGUACGCGCGUGCGUGCUGCGUGUAUACGAGAGACUACACGCACGAGUACACUUGGCGAUGGACGAGUGCGUGCGUCAUGAGAGAAAGAGAGAGAGGAGUGCGAAAAAAGAGAAAGGAGUAUGCAUGCGUGCGUGCACGAGAGAGAGAGAGAGAGAGAGAGAGAAGCAGACGUGCGAUGAGUGUGAGAGAGGGUAUCGCGGCGGCCAUUUGGAAAACGCAAAGAGCCGGCGGGAGAUUCGAAUCUACCAGAAGUCGCGAAGCCUCUUUUUUAUCAUCCUCUCUCUUCCGUCGCUCCAUCGGAAAAGCGAUGUCGGUCGACUCGUGAUCCCGCUUUCACAACGCCUGACUUUUGUAUUUCGACGCGAAACCGAUUUUUCUAUUUCCGAUCGUAAAUUUUCUAUAACGAUUUCAAAGCAACUCUUUCUUUCUUUCUUGAUAAUUGGCAAAAUAUUCCAGCUGAAUCAGCUUUCUUCUUCCAAAUUCGCGACUUCGCAAUUUUGCUGUAAAUUUUUUGACACGAAUGUCAAAUUCGAUAUGCACAAUAUUUUUUUAUGUGCCGCGAUUCGAGCUGCGGCUACUUUAUAAAAACGAAUUCCUCGCUUACGGCUUACGAGGAUCGUUGUAUGUCGCAUCGAUCCCGUAGCAAUCGCCAAUAUUUUGCUAUCAUGCGCUCCUUUUACCUUUUUAAACAGGGGCAAUGUGUAAUUUACAGAUGAAUCAAAAACAAAAAGAGAUAUUUGCCUUCUUGAACGCGAUUGUGCUAAGGACCGUGCGACGGACUGACUUGUGAUAAGCGCAAUCAAACCGGGAGAUCACGUUUGCCUUGUACCGCCGAGUGCACUUUCGCGAGCGUUGAGAGACUCGAGCAUUCCGCUAGUUUUCGAAACCUCAGAGACUUUGGUGCAUUACGAAUCGAUAAAUUAAUUCUAAGAAGUACGGUGCUGUGUACUAUAAUCGCGCGAAAACGUGCAUCAGGGCAGUCUGUAUGGUGACGCGUGUUCUAACGUACCAAACCGCAAACCAUUGGUCACUAACGAUUGAAGCGAUCGCUUCAAGAAGCCGGAUUUAGUUGAUUAAUUAUAUAAAUAUUUCUCAUAGGAUCUUUUUUUAUUGCAAUUAUGCAGUUUUGAUUUCUUAAUGGAGCUUUCCGCGAAAUGUGCACUCUAAUAACGUUUCUCGUAACGUUUUUUUCUCUAUCGCGAAAAACGAAAUGAAAUCUUUUACGAUAAAGUAUGUACAAAAUUGAGAAUUGUAUAUAAGAAUUGAUGUGUUAAAUUAUUUUUCUAAUCGAAUUUAAAUAAGUUGUGUAAUUUAUACGUUGAGAGACGCGAUAGCACUUCGCGCUAUAUAGAUAAUAUAUUGUUAAAAUUGUAUAAAAUAAUAUAUAAAAAUUGUUUUUGUAUCUUCCUUCCAUAUUUUUUUAAAGUAAUCGAGAAAUUUUUUAAAUAAAAAUACACAAAUAAAGAAAGUAAAGUAUUUAUGAUGUGUGUCUUGAAAAUGUCGUCAGAAGACGCGUUCACUGUGAUCACAGCCUCGCCCGUGAAUUCAAUCGACGUCAUUCGUUCCUCCGAUAUUUCUCCGAUGUGCCUCGUUUCGCCAGCAACGCAUUGAAGUACGCUGGGCGUAUCGAAGUGGCCUCGUUUUAAUCCCGCUUUUGAAAGAACUAGCGCUAUCAAGGCUGUACAAAUAGAAUAGUGUUCGGGAGCGAUCGAUCGUGUUGAACCUGUCGAGGAAUCGUCGUCUCACGUGAAAAAGGAUGGACGCGGUAUACGUUUGCGGAAUAAGUCGGAUGGCUAUCACGAUCGUCUAUUGAUUUAAUCGUAUUUGCAUGAUUACAAAAUGUGCACAAACAACUAAUCGAAGAUAUCACGAAGAUAUUAUCGAUUACAUUUACGGAAUAUCCGAUAGCUUUUUGAAUGAAAAUUGAAUAUAUUUUGCUAUUUUGCUUUAACGAUUUUUAAUUAAUGAAUUAUAGUCUACUUCAUAAUUAAAUUUAAACUACUUUUGCACAUGCAAAUACGAUUUAAUUCAACAAUCACAUUAUACAAUCCAGAAGCAAUUGUACGCGAAGCGCGUCACGAUAUUUCGGAACAACACAAAGGCUAAAUCCAUUGCAAUUUUUUAAAUAUAAUAUCAGUAAAAUCCGCGAAAUGCCGACGGCCUAAAAAAGUGAAGCUUUACGCCUCAAAAGCACAUUUCAAGUUUAGAUCAAAGUUUUUUCAACAACUGGAUUUAUUAGCACGUGUAUCAUGUCAGUCGCUUACAAUUAUUUGGAGAUAUUAAUUCGUGCAUUCCAUCCCAUCAUAUUGCCGCGAUCAGUAUGCUGCAUCCAUUUACGCGACUCUUCGAGAAACCCCGAGUCUUACCCCUUAGCUCGUACGAGCGAAGUCAUGUUCUCCUACGCGGCUUCACGGCACGUAGAAUUCUACUUUGUCAUAUGUGCAUCUAGUCUUGUCCAGUAUGCUCCCGUAAACGCUUGCAACGCGCGUUACAUACAAUGCGUAUGUACGCGUGCGGCUGCGUCUCGCGCACGUAACACACAUACGCAACACGCAUACACGGAGGCCCGAAAUACACGUACAUAUACAUACACGUACAUUUGUUAUUACCAUAUAUUUUUCAUAGCUUGCGCUAAUACGUUUGUAAUACGUGCGAGAACGCAUAAUGUGUACUUUGAGAUCUCAGACAUCGAGAAUGUUUGCUGCGCACGUUAUCGUUAUCACGACGAUUCUAUAUCGGCAAUAAACGAUCUUCUCUCUGUGCCGGGAUACCGUCCUGACGUCCAGCUUGAUCUGUCCGUUCAAUUUUAAAUCUGCUUGACAAGAGUUGUUUAAUAGGAAUAUUUAAUAUAUUCUACCUAUCAAAAUGCAUUUUCUCGAUUUUCUCGACUCGAAAGAGCUUUUCGGAUCACGAGUUCAUCAUUGAGCGGAGAGAUCAACAUUGUAUAGAGAGAAGCGAGCAAUAACGAAACAAUUUUACCUCCGCUUUUGCGCAUUAUUUUGUAAGCGGUAAACAUACGAGACGUGAUCACGGAGAAAAAUACUUUGCACCAGCGGACGGGGAAAAUCAUGAUUAUACGCGCUACAUAGCCCGCGUCAUUGCGCAAUCCUUCGCAAAUAAUGUCCUUGUCCCCGUAACUUUAUCCGAGAAUGUCCAAGUUUCUCGGGUCUAGUAGCCAGCAUCAGGAUAGCGUGUAAAAUCCCCAAAAAGAGGUCAACUAGUA